AUGGAGUCGCCAUCAGACAUCGUCCUCUCGACACCCGGGUACUACGGGCCCGGGUCCAUAGUGGCCUGGUACUGUAUCGCAGCAGCCACAGCUAUAUCCUGGAUAUGGAACCCCGCCAAUCGCUUUCAACCAACCUCGGACUUCAUGGCGGCUAUCUUGUACCCGUUCAUCGCAAUGAUACACUUCGCUAUACAGUUAUGGAACUUCCCCUCCGAUAAGACGCAGUAUCUCAGAGCCAACCUCAUGCAUAUCCUCAUUGGAAAUGGAGACGAGGGCCCUGUCUCUGCCAAAUAUGAUUAUCAGUACAAGAACCAAGUGCUUUUCGACAAGCCAGGUCCCGACAUGUUCGAGGUUUUCCCACGCAUCGUCACUAUCGAUGCUGCUUUGCGAAUCAACGAUAACUGUUUUUUUCUUUACUUGAUCGCGCUUGGAUUUCUCUUAAUUGAGCCAAGGAAAGGCUGGACAGAACAACAGCUCAAGGGUUUCAAUCGCGUUGAAAAAUGCCUUGUUGCUGGCGUUGUACUGCCUUUAAUGAACGGUAUAUUUCUACUCAUUACUUGUGGCGAUUCCCGAGCCUUUUGGAUCCCUUUAGAGUCUACUCUCUUCAGAUUUAUGGCGGUUACCAUGGGCAUGUGCCCAGCUAUGGUGGCAUUCUUCAUAUAUCUGCCACUAGAGACUGGAGAUAUUUCGUUCUCGGGGAUACUGCCCGAAACAAAAUCCAUGAAACACUUUCCUGUGGAGCUCACUGUGAACCUGUUUCAACGGAUCCGUAAAAUUCGGCUGCUACAUUUCGGGCUUGGUAUCCUCUAUCUUGUCUUUAUUGGUAUCUUGACUUGGGGCACAGUGAAAGCCUUAAGAGUGGCAUAUCCAAUUCAGCUGUUUAUUCCAGCCGUCGGUAUUUCGAUUUUUGAGAUGGAGCAAGUAGCGAGCUUGUUUGGGGGUAUGGUCGUCUUGUUUUAUAACAUCCACUCAAUUUACUACCCGCAUUAG